AGCGGAGUGGAGCAGUGCAGGCGGACUAACAUAUCCCACAAUCCUUUUUAGCCUGUCGAGAUUUUAAGAGAACAUCCGUGUUUAUAUUUUGUCUCAUAGAGGAACUGUUUUGCUCGUAGAAACAUCUUUUUUUAAAUGUUUUCUUUUUCGCUAACUAGUUUUUGAGUAGUUAGCUGGAGAGUUUGGGGAUAAGUCUUGUUUAUAAAGAUGGCUGAUCACUGGAACAGGGGACAUGGCGCUGUUGAUGAUAUGUUGGACGCAGAAAACAAACACAUAGCUGAGAACCUCGCAAGCAAAGUAUCCAGACUGAAGUCGCUGGCAUAUGAUAUUGACAAGGAGGCUGAAGAACAGAAUUCAUACUUGGAUGGCAUGGACUCGAAUUUUCUCAGUGCAACCGGACUGUUAACGGGCAGCGUGAAGAGGUUUUCCACGAUGGUCCGCUCUGGCCGAGAUAACCGCAAGAUCCUGUGCUACGUGUCAGUAGGCCUGGUCCUGAUGUUCUUUGUGCUUUACUAUCUAGUCAGAAGAAUACAGAACUGACAUGUCUGCAUUAUUUUUUGUACAACAUUUUCUCAGUUUUAUGAGAAAUAUAUUCAUUUCUGGGAAUUCAGUACUUCAUCUUCGUUUAUGUGAGGAAAUGUUUUCACAGAUCGCUCAUCUUCCAGGUGUAUUAAAGGUGAUUAGAACUGAAAGCUCCUUGGUGUGAAUCCUUUUUAUCCUGUACUGAGAUGCUUGCUAAUUACUAUAGUGAUGUAAUCAGGCUUUGAUUGCAAUAUAUUCCAUAAAUGAUGUAACGAAAUAAAGAUUUUAAAGAGAUUUUUUUUAAUUCUUGGAAAUCCUAAGGAAUGACAUAAGACUAUUUAAAAUAAUGUAAGAACUAAAUGCUUUAUAACUGAACUUUGUUUCUACUAAUUGUCUUGUAUGUAACUAAGUAUAGACAUACUGUAUCUGUAUUGUUUCUUAUUAUUAUUAUUCUUAAGGAUAUUUCUGAUGUUUUCUUCUGUAUAAUAAAAAAAAUUCACAUU